AUGCCUCGAGUUAUUAUCGCCAUUUGCCCCAGCGGGGUUUCCCUGAUCCUGGUCCUUAUCAGCGCAAUUUUAAACUCACGAGUCGCUCUCUUGCGAGGUGGAACGACUUUCUCCGCAUCCUGCACCCUGGACGGCGCAUGCGGGAGCGAAAUUAUGGGCACCAAGGUAGGCGAAGGAAGUCCGGAGAAAUGCGUUAUAUCCUUGGCCGGCCUCCAAAGCAAGCGCAAGCAAAGCAGAACGCCGGCUGAGAAAAAAAUCAAUAUGAUAUCAUGGCAUCGAAGCAGCCCCAUAAGCCAUGAAUAA